AGUGGCGCUGUUCCAGCCGCCAGUUGAUCGCCAGCAGCGCCAUCGAUCGGUCAGUGAGUUUCUCCGGCCAGCCUUCAUCCAGCGAAGUCAAGGGGGCACACAACGACUGUUAAGCAAUAAUAACACCAGCAUUAGCACUCAAAGCGAUCGGCACGAGCAAUGUUACGUCGCGGGGCAACGGGCUUCAUAUCAGCCCUGAUCUUCACCAGCCUCUGCCUGGGCUUCUGCCGGGGCUACUUCAGUCUGGAGGUCGGCGAUCCCUGUCCCACGGAGAACUACCGCAGUCGCUGCCAAGCGCUGGAGGACUGUGAGACCUUGGCAUCGCAUAUCCAAACAGGACGACUCACGCUGAGGACCGUGAUGAACUGCGGGUUCACGAGUCGCAGCGAGAAGAUCUGCUGUCCCGUCGAGGAUGCCCAGAGUGCAGUGCGCAUGGAGCCCACGGAUCAAACCACAAGGUCAACCAGCACCACCAGCACUUCUACCAGCACCAGCACGACGACAACCACAACCACAACUACUCCUGCUCCUGCUCCAGAACCCUGGCUGGACAUAUUCCAGACGGACCACGAGUACGUGCAGCGCUCCGUUGGGCCCACUCAACGGCCGACGAGGCGCAGCAUCCAGUUCCGGGACACUUCCGACGGAGCUGAGUGCACGGCUCCGCUGUACGUGGGCCAGUGCCGCGCGGUAUCCGCCUGCCCCAGUGUGGGGCCCCUUCUGUCCCAGGGUCGGCUCCGGGAUGAGGACUUCACGACGUGCCGCGAGGGAACGCGAGAGGAGAUCAUCUGCUGUCCACUCAACCUGCCCCUGCAGCCGCGCGUCCACAGUGGUCCGCGUCUGGGUCUGGAGGGUGACUCGUCGCCGGGGACAUCCUCGGAGGAUCCCUUGGAGGUGGCCGCCAUCGCCCGGGCGGAGGGCCUGCUGCCCCACUACCGCCACCUGGCCGCGCUGGCCCACCCGAACGCCGCCUUCGAUGGCCACCUGCACCACUGUGCCGCCCUCGUGCUGACCCCACAGCUCCUGGUCAGCGCCGCCGGCUGCGAGCGCCCCAGCCACGCUGUCUUCGGAGUGCCUGAUAUGCGGGACGUGGACACCGACGAGGACUACUUGGCGGACAUUGUGCGACUGGUUCAUUUCCAGAGGGAUCUGUCACUCAUAAGACUGCAGGAACCCCUGCGUCUGGGCAGUAAGACAUCCGCCAACGUGAGCCUGGCGCCCAUUUGCAGCCAGUUUGAGCUGACCAGGCUGCAGGUGAGCGGCACCCUGGUGGCCGUGGCCUGGGGCAAGGGAGAAGAGGCCGACUGUCCGAUGUACGAGAUGCCCAUGCGACUGCGCCCCACUUGGGCCUGCGGGGAUCUGGCCAACUAUGGCAGGGUGCAGAGUCUGGGCAGCUCUCACCUCUGCGUGGAGCCGAUGGCCGGAGAGGCGGAACUGCAGCGGUUCUCCAACAGCAGCACCUGCGCCGCCUGCCCAGCCUCGGUGGGCAGCAUCCUCCACCUGGUGCGGCCGGGUGGCGGUCGCUGCGCCCUUGGCAUUGCCACGCCCACCGGAGCCGAGUGCGAGGCGCGAAGCAUGUACUUCACGGGUCUGCUCAGUCCGCAGUUUAGGCGAUUUGUCGAGCAGGAGCAAAAGGAUUAGCUGCCUCCAAGCCCAGCCCCUAGUAGUCAAUCCGUACUCAUACUUUAGUCGUAGAUAGGAAAAACAAGGUAUACAACGAAUUUACGGCAGUGAUUCUACAAGCAGGUUCACGUCACACUUAAAGUUUGCUCAGCAAGGUCACACUGGAAAAGAUCUGACUGUACUUUAAUGCCCAAGAUGAUAUCAGGAUUCAUUAUAAAACCUAGUCUUAGAAGUAAAAUAGGAAUUAGUAUAAAUAAAAUGCAUAUUUAUUAUA